UUUCUGCAAAAAAUUUUUUUGAUGUUUAAGAAAAUGUCUUCAGCCUCCAUUAAAGCAAUCAGAGCUCUCUCGAGGACUUCUUCAGCUUCUCUUGAAGUUGCAGACUGUCUCAAAAAUUUACCAUCUCUCAUUCACUCGGAGCUAAAGUCUUCAAAUAAAGAAUUAGAAGAGAGCAGUCAUUAUUUAUUUGAUGGUAGAGGUAAAGCAAUAAGACCUACAAUGUGUCUUUUAAUGGCAGCCACUGCUAACUGUACAAGCUAUAAAAGAUCUUUUAUUUCUCCGGAGCAGCGUACAGUUGCUAUGGUUACAGAGAUGAUUCAUACCGCGACAUUGAUUCAUGAUGACGUGAUUGAUAAUGCCUGGAUCAGAAGAGGGAAAGACUCUGUUAACAAGAAAUGGGGAGAAAGAAAGGCUGUAUUAACUGGUAACUUUAUAUUAGCGGAGGCAUCUCGUGUUCUCUCUAGCACUAACCAUCCUCAAGUUAUUGAUCUACUGAGUAAUGUACUGGAGGAUCUCGUCAGAGGAGAAGUUAUGCAGCUGGAUGCUUAUAGUGAUAAUAAAGACAUUUUAUUUGAGCAGUAUCUUCAAAAAACAUUUAAAAAGACGGCGAGUUUGAUGGCGUAUUCCUGUCAAUCAGUGGCAUUGCUGAGUGGUUUGAAUGACGAGAAGUUGACAGCUGCUUUUCAAUAUGGAAAGAACUCCGGCUUAGCUUUUCAGAUAAUCGAUGAUGUCCUUGACUUUCAAGCUUCACAAUCAACUUUUGGCAAACCAGUGUCUGUUGACUUAAAACUUGGACUAGCUACUGCUCCAGUACUCUACGCAUUAGAAGAAAGACCAGAGUUACUCAAGUUAAUAAAGAGGCAGUUUAAGGAGAAGGGAGAUGUUGAGUAUGCUCUAGCAGCUGUACUUGAUUCAUCAGCUUUAGAGAAAAGCUUAAGUUUAGCCAGACAGUAUGCUGGCAAUGCAGUAGGAGUAUUGGCUCAGUUCAGUGACUGUGAAGAGAAAUAUAAACUACAUUCACUUACUAAUGACAUCAUUCAAAGACAGAAAUGAUUGAUAGACUCUUUACAUGCAAAGACACAUCAUUCAUAAUAUUCAUAUGAUACAUCAUUUCCUUUUUUGGAUCAUCAUAAAUUACUCCA